AUGAGAUUGCACAAAACAUUCUUCUCGCCACGCAACGGUGGAAAGAGCAAUACGGCCCAACUCCUAGCCCAAGCCAUGCUCGAACUCGAACGCAUAGACGAAUACGUCAGCCAACUCAGAUUAACACAACAGGAGGAACACAGAGAACAAUCCAGGCAGCAUAGCAUGUUCCUGUUCGCAAAAUGUUUUGAUGUGUGUCAGAAUAAAAUGCUCAAUAUGCCGACUUUCGAUGCUGGUGAGCUCCUUGCCCCUGACCGUCAUAUCUGCAAUGGGAAGUGCACUUGCAAGGCAGGGUACCCCGGCACAUGCAAGCAUGCUGCUGCCGUGGCACUAUGGAUUAGUGAACAGCAGCCCCUCUCCAAAACAGAACUGCCACAGGCUUGGGGCCAGCCCUCUCGAAAACCAAACAUUGACGCAAAGGAAUCGAUUGAGGAACUGUUCGGACGUAAAAAGGAGCUGUUUGUUGGUGGGGCACGGCCUGAUCAAGUUCCACCGUCAUAUGUCCUAAACAGGUUCCCAGAAAUUGCGUGCCCUCACAACGACAUGGCACGGAUUGGUGCCAUGACCACCACUGAAAGAGAGGCGAAAUCUGUGAUCUCAGAUGUCUUGAGUGCGGUAUUUCACCAGAUAGAGCUUGCGCGCCUGCAAAAAAUGAUUAAAUGGGAAAAUUGCAUGCCUGUUUAUCACGUAAUGACUGUAAAUUUCGAGUCGUCCAUUGCAUUGAGACUUGUCCGUUGUAACCUGGAGGAGGAGAUGACGCCAGCUGAGAGGGAACUAUACUCCUCCAAAGUGGCGUGCACGCAGCAAGGUGCCGAGUGCAUUGCUGUGGACACAGUGCUUCAGGCAGGCUCGAAAAGGUGGUUCAGCGAACGUGAAGUCAGGCUGUCGAGCUCCAUCGCCCACAGAGUCGUCGCUCGAAGGCGGCCAUUCGACACCCUUGCCCAAAAGCUACUUCACCGAAAGCCAUUCACUGGAAAGGCUGUGACGUAUGGACGAAAGACAGAAGCUGAAGCCAGAGAAGUAUUUGAGAAGAAGGUUGGUGCGUCCGUUACACAGGUUGGCUUGAUAGUGCACUUGAGGCAGCCAUGGCUGUGUGCCAGCCCCGACGGAUUCUUCAAGACCAGCGACGAGACGACACUACUGGAAAUUAAGUGUCCCUAUUCAAGGAAAAACAAGGUUCUUAUCGAUGUGAGCAAGGAAGAAAGCUUUGUCAAGUACAUAGUAUAUGAAGAGGGGCGUCUGAUGCUGAAGAAGCGCCACACAUACUACACGCAGGUGCAAAUUGCGAUGUAUGUGACAAACACUACCCAAUGCUUCUUUUACGUGUACUCGUCGAAGCAGGAUGUCAUCAUACUUGUCGAGCGGGAUGAAGGCUUUCUCUCAGAGGCUGUCCCCAGGCUCGAGCUUUUCUAUUUUAGAUAUUACUUGAAGGAGCUCCUUCAGUCCUAG